AAGCAGCGGGAAACGGCGCUGCAAUAAGGGAAUUUCCCGCAAAAAAAGGGAAGGUUGCCAGCUAUGGGAUUUGCUAGAGCUUCUCAUUAAGACGGACAGAACUUGGCAGAAGACCAAAGGGUUCCUUCCGAUCUCUCAGAGGCUUCCUGAGAGCACAGAUGGAUGAGCAAGACUCGGCUGGCCCUGAAGCAGGAAGAGGCCAUGCCAUCCAAACUGGAAGCAGUGGGGGAUUCUGGGAAAACUCUGUGCACAAGAUCCUGGGUGAGGAGGACACCCUCUGCUCAGAGGUGCAGAGCCAGCAGUUGAGGCAGUUCUGCUGCCAGGAGGCCAAAGGACCCCGAGAGGUUUGCAGCCGACUCCACCACCUUGACCAUCAGUGGCUGAAGCCAGAAAGGCACACGAAAGCUGAGAUGCUGGACCUGGUGAUCUUGGAGCAGUUCCUGGCUGUCCUUCCCCUGGAGAUGGAGAGCUGGGUGAGGGACUGUGGAGCGGAGACCAGUUCCCAAGCGGUGGCCCUGGCCGAAGGUUUCCUCCUGAGUCAGGCAGAGGAGAGAAAGCAGGAACAGAGU